AUGCCAAUGACCAUUCUACCAUUAUUAGAGGAGGCACGAAAACUACUUGGAUUCGGUGCACCCACAGAAGAGAGCUCUUCUGGCAGGCAAUGCCCUAACCAAACUCUUGCCAAUUUUUGUACUUCUGUGCUUGCUUAUUUGGAAAAUAAUCCACAGCCAGCAUUACCCAGCAAGCAACAGAUUAGCCGGUCUUUGCAGGGCUCUAGUCCCAGACCAGACUCUGUGAGCGCUUUUGGGCAGACUGUUGCAGACCCCAACGCGAAGGGUAAUACCAUUGAACCAAAGCUAGCGCCCGCUGAGACAUACGGCGUCCUAGUUCUCUACGUCCCCAGCAAUUUCGAUGUUGCCAAUCAAGAAGGAGCCAUCAACGGUAUCAUCAAUAUUAAUAAAAGCUCCAAAUUCGCACCGCCGGAACAUGUCCAUGCGGCUAUCAGAGAACAGCUGCUCGUUGGAAGCAAGGUUUUAGCAUGCGAAUAUUAUGAACGGAAGAGCCAGUUAAGGCAAUGCAAGACAUGCCAGCAGUAUGGACACCUAGAGGCCCAAUGCAUCUCCGCGCCCGCUUGCGGCCGCUGUGCUGAACGACACUUCACUGCAGAGUGUAGAAAAAGAGAGGAUCCCAAGAACUUGACAUGUGCAAUCUGUCUCGGCCCACACAGGGCCUGGGAUAACGUUCGCAACAUCAGGCAAGACGAGCUUGACAGUAUACGUCUUGCAAGGGCUAAUCGCCCAGAAUACCAUCCCAAGCCUAGUUGUAACCUUGGAGAGCUUUCGAAACACACGGAUGAUGUCCUAAGCCGCGAUUUCGCUGGCACUCGUCGGUACUCAGUUGAAUACCUUAUUGAGGUAGAUAUGCGUGGAGGCAGGAAAUCGCAUGCAAAAUUGAGAGGCAGAGGAGGUCGAGGCCAGGGCCUUCCUCCAGAUUUUCGUGAGAGCCCAGAAUCUAUUGAGCAGGAGUCCGUGCCGUUUCCGGGGAAACCGACCGGAAACAGUCGGGGUAGGAUUGGCAAAGCGCCUUUCGGUUCCGACCGGUACGGCGUUCAAGCUUGGGCCGGUUGUCUGAAGAUCAAGCCAGAGGUUCAAUCAGAUUGGGGAGGAGAUGGAUCUAUGCAAGGUCAGAACUUUGGCUGGGGCCAGGGUGGUGUGAUUACGAUGCAUCCAAAUCAGUCAAGAAAAGCGUCAGGUGGUCCUAGACGGCCCUUUACGAGUGGCAGUCCCAAUCAACCGCUGAGACCGGGAGCUGUCAAUUGGGUGAGGCGUCAAAGCACGGAUAUUUUGUGA